CCCGCGCGGGGCAUGCUGGGUCGGCUGGGCCCGGCCGCGGUGCAGUGUGGGUCCGCUCGGCUCCCGCAGGAGGCGGUGGCGGAGCCUGGAUCAGGCCGGAGCCCGGGGGGGUCUGAGGCCCGGAUCCCCCCGGCACGGAGCGGGGAGCCCCGGGAUGGGAGACCGCGGCCGCGACUGCAGGAGCCCCGACAGUUCGUCUCUGAGCUCGUCACCCCCACCGGAGCUCUCGGCCCCACUUCACCCCUCCAUGAUCAGCUCGGCCAUGACCUCCUCCAUCAACUCGCCCGUCAGCAGUUUGGGCUCGCCCUUCCCUGUCAUCAGCUCGUCCUUAGGUUCCCCAGGGCUCCCAGCCACGCCCUCCAGUGGCUAUGGCCCUGUAAGCAGUCCCCAGAUUAACUCCACUGUGAACCUGUCGGGCAUGCACUCAGUCAGCAGUUCGGAAGACGUCAAGCCCCCCCUGGGUGUGCGGGGUCUCCCGUGCCACCCCCACGGUGGCAUGAUGCCAGGGAAGCGCCUCUGUGCCAUCUGUGGGGACAGAUCAUCAGGGAAGCACUAUGGGGUGUACAGCUGUGAGGGCUGCAAGGGUUUCUUCAAGCGCACGAUCCGCAAGGACCUGACCUACACGUGCCGGGAUAACAAGGACUGCAUUGUGGACAAGCGUCAGCGUAACCGCUGUCAGUAUUGCCGCUACCAGAAAUGCCUGGCCACGGGCAUGAAGAGGGAAGCGGUGCAGGAGGAGCGGCAGCGGGGGAAGGAGAAGGACGGCGAGGGGGAUUUCGCGGGCGGUGCGAACGAGGAGAUGCCGGUGGAGAAGAUCCUGGAGGCAGAGCUGGCCGUGGAGCAGAAAUCGGACCAAAGUGUUGACGGCUCUGGCACUGGGGGCAGCUCGCCAAAUGACCCGGUGACCAACAUCUGCCAGGCAGCCGACAAGCAGCUCUUCACGUUGGUGGAGUGGGCCAAGCGCAUCCCCCACUUCUCCGAGCUGCCUCUGGACGACCAGGUCAUCCUGCUGCGGGCAGGCUGGAACGAGCUGCUCAUCGCGUCCUUCUCGCACCGCUCCAUCUCGGUGAAGGACGGGAUCCUGCUGGCCACGGGGCUGCAUGUACAUCGCAACAGCGCCCACAGCGCCGGCGUGGGGGCCAUCUUCGACAGGGUGCUGACUGAGCUGGUCUCCAAGAUGCGGGACAUGCGGAUGGAUAAGACUGAGCUCGGCUGCCUCCGGGCCAUCAUUCUCUUCAACCCGGAUGCCAAGGGGCUGUCGAACCCUGGGGAGGUGGAGCUGCUGCGGGAGAAGGUCUACGCCUCUCUGGAGUCCUACUGCAAGCAGAAGUACCCCGAGCAGCAGGGCAGGUUCGCCAAGCUGCUACUACGCCUGCCGGCCCUGCGCUCCAUUGGGCUGAAGUGCUUGGAGCACCUCUUCUUCUUCAAGCUCAUCGGGGACACCCCCAUUGACACCUUCCUCAUGGAGAUGCUGGAGGCCCCCCACCAGCUGUCCUGAGCCCCCGGCCGGUCACACAGAGAGCGGCGCAGCCCGCGGCAGCUCCCCAGCGCCCACCACUGGACUGGGGGGGCUGCGGACUCUUAUUGGGGGGCUGCCAGGAGAAGGCCCUGAGGGUAGUGUUGUCAGUUGUCGUGUUGGGGCCCCCUGGGCAUACCCCCUUUCGCCAUCCCUGGUUUGGGAGCUCCGUAGGGUGUACCCUGUGUGCCUGCCUAGAACUGGGGUGGCCCCAGACCGCUCCCCAGGGGUGGGCUAUGGGGUGUACCUCGUUCCCCCAGUUGCUGGCACUCUCUGGAGGUACCCCAGGUCCCUCGUCCGUAGUGGGGUGCCCCGGGCUGACCUACCAGGCUCCCUCAGUGCUGUGUCACCCAGUAUUGGUGUGCUGGGGGGCAGCAAAGCUAGAGAUUUCAGGUAGGGGGGUGGGAAGAGCCCCCCCAAACUCCCCACUGUAAAAUAAUCCCCCAUCUCCCUCUUCUCUCUGCAGGGCAGUGGGACCCCCCCAUGGUGUGGGAAGCUUGGCCCCGCCCCUCACCUUGUGGGGGGACCUUCCCCUGUCUGGCAUGGCCCCCUUUUCCCGUAUGGGGGGGGUCUUCUGGCGAAAUCCCCCUCCAGUGCUCUGUGAGGAAUUGGUGUGUGUGGAGAGACUCCUGCGCUUUUGGGGCCCGUGGGGGCUGUUACCUGCCCUGGUGGGGCGGGGGAAGUCACUCUUGGGUGGGGGCCAGCUCAUGUCUGUCAUUAGUUCUCAAUGCCAUGCCCCCCCCCCGCCUCCUUGCCAUUCUGCCGGGGGAGGGGCAAUCCCUGUUUGGGGGUUUCGGGGCAGGUCACACUGAAAUCACAGGAGGGAUUGUGCCUCGCUCGACCCCCCCAACCCCCCUUUCUCAGGCACCCAGUUAGCACUUUGAAUCGACACCCUGCGCCCCUCCCCCACCUCAAACUAUGCAGCAGGUACCAGACCCUCCCCGCCCCCCCGGCCUUCCGGAAUCCAGACUGCAGCCUCCCCCAUCCACACUGACCAUGAGCUCUCCCACGGGGGUGUGGGUGGGGGGUUACUGUAGGUCCUACAGCCUCUGUGGGGGGUGGUGUCUGUGGCUGUGAGCCAGAGCUCGGACCCCCAGUGAAUUGGGGGUGGCAGGAAUGUCUCACCCCCCCUCCCCGUUUGCAGGGUCUGGGAGGCCCCCCUGCUUGGACAGUUUGUUUGAGUUGCUGUGGGGGGAGGGAUGUGUCGGGUGGGGGCCCUGCCUUAGCAGCGCCCCCCGUUGCGCUCUGCCCUUCUCCCUGCAUGCCCCUCCCCCAGUUAUUUUCGCUUUUAUUAUUAUUAACCCCUCCCCCUCCCCAUUGCUUUGGAGUUACAGUGAUUAAAGCUGCUGCUUCUCAACCACGGA